AUGUCGAACCCACUCCUUGCGGCUCUUGUUCAGGCUGCUGUGUCUGGCCCAGCCAGUGGCGCAGGCAAGGGAACCGGUCGCGGGGUUUGCUUCUCUUUUCGCAAUACCGGUAUGUGUCAGCAUGGUGACAACUGCCGGUACGAGCAUGUGCAGCAGGUGGGUAGCCAACGCCGUGAUUCGGGCUUUACCUUGACUGGCCCUGACGCUUCAAAGAAGUCGGCCUCGCAGGCUCUGCAGGUGCAACCCAACCUCCAUGACUUCUUCGGUUUCAGCAAGGGUGCCGCACCGUGUGACAACGGUGAGCAGUACGGGAAAAUCACUGUCGUUGAUCGUGACCACAUCAUCUCCCAACUCGUGGCGGUUGAGGAUGGUCAACUCACACAUCGUGUCAUGGCAGUCCCUGCUGCAGUGCAUUCUGAAGUACACGAGCUGCUGGAGUUCUUCGGGACAGGUGUCUCCAUCGGCGGACGUGCUGUGACUACUCAAGAUAUGCAACAACAGCUGAAGGCUUUUGCAGAUCACUUGCGUACCUCUGGAUGGCGACCUCGUGUCGCUGCCCCGUCCACGUCCUUGCAGUCCGAUUUGGCAAGCAAUAUCUCAGAGCUCACUGCGUUGCUCAAGAAUGGCCUCAAUACUCCUACCUCUUCGUCGGCUAAGCGUGUGCAUGAGGCAAGCCCUGGUGAUAUCAUCGCUGCAAUGGGGAAUCUGUCUCCGGAGAAUCGUGCCGCUGUCUUAGUCGCGCUGGGUGGUGGAAGUUCCGUCCCGCCUGGACCUUCACCUCCAAGGAAGGCUGCAGUGUUCGGGGGAGGGGCAAUGGAGGCCCGUCCUCAUGUGCCACCGCUCCCUACUGUGGAUGUCUCUACUCCGCUCUUCCCCGAUGCAGACAUGGAGGCUGAUGCCCCCGCAAACGCUGACCUUGCCCGGGUUGAAAACGAGCUCUUGGCGCUUGUGCGGAGUUCAAGCUCUGGCCUGCCAUCGGUCCGGGAUAAGGCUGCCUUCGAUGAGAGUGCCCCGCUAAACGUGGCUGCUUUGGACGGGAUGAUUGGACCGUGCCAGCUUGAUGCUGAUGCUUCCUCGCUUCCUGAUUUGGCCACCCUAGUAGGCUCUCAAACGGAUGAGCUGAUUGCAACAUGCCGCGAGAUCAUACCCAAAGUGGUGCGCCAGCUCAAUCUGGUGUUCAAGCCGCAAAGGUUCGAGUUCUAUCAGGGUGACUCGGACAGGCGGAUACCGGGCCUCGUCGUCAGCGACUUCUUUGGCUUAUUGGUGAUGCGCGGCGUCUGCAUCAUGGCGCUCUUCUACCACUGCGUGGACGCCUAG